AUUCAUCAUUUAAACCUAAACAAACAUUCUGAUGCUCAAGAUCCUUUUUGACACUUUUCACACAGUGAUUUCUAGCAAAUUAUCAGUUUUAUUGAAGAAUAUUUUUAUCCUGAUGAGGACUAAAAAUUCACAGAGCCAGAAGAAAGCGACUUCCAUCAUGGAAAAUUGUGCUGCUGAAGUCCAAGACAGCCUCACAGCAAAGAGAGUCUCUGCACAGCUAUCAGAGAGGAGGAGAAAGCCUGGAGCCUGUAGACGGUGUCAGUGCUUCAAGGAUGAGCAGCACACUCAAGUGAAACGCCAGCGCUCUCCAAGUGCAGACAUCCUUCCCCAGAAAAGGAGAAAAACCAAGGCCUCCACCUCAGAUGCAGACGACACACUCACAAGACCAUCAGCCACCAUCCCUGAUGCUGAGCUGCCUCCGGUCUCAAAUACAGCCCCCAACCUCCAACCUUCUACUGUUGCACCUCGGCCAGACAGCCCUCUAAAGAUCCACAACCGCUCAGUAGAAGAGUACCAGCAGGUGUACCAUGAAGUGGUCGAUGAUAUGCUGAGAGACGAGAACGGACAGCUUCGUCCAUACAGUUCUGAGCUGGGACGCCUCAUAAAGAAGAAGCUAUGGGAGAGACUGAACCGUCACACAAUGAUUAUGUCUACUGAUGAAGACGGCCGCCUUCACGUGGACGUGACUUACGGAGUUGAAGAGUGUCCUCCUGAAUUUAAUGUGGAUACUACGGAAGAACCCGAGUGCUGAACUGAACAGCUCAGAGAAACAGUGAAAGAAAUGAGAACAGUUACUGAGUCUGUGUAAAUAAGCUUUAAAUAAUCUGUAAAUAAAACUUUUAAAUGAAUUCAUUAGUGACAAAAUCACCUGCAGGAGACAAUUUGCUGAGGCACCACCCCUCAGCUCCACCUUCACACUUUGCAUUCACUGUAAGACUGUCUGCCCACUCGGAUAAACUCCUCGUGCUCCUACUACAGCCUCCAUCCUCUUCUAGAAGUUUUUGCAAAAAAUAAA